AGAAAAUCUAUGUUUUUUCGCCGAAAGCCCGCCUUGUGCACGAAUUCUUCUGCAGCCAAUCCUGCUGGCUCUCGACAAUGUUGACUUUGAAAGCUUGUAGAGUUCCUGGGAAUGCGAACGGGGGAGAUGCCGAAUAUCACUUCUCCGCACAGACUUGGAUGUGGGUAGAGCGGAUAGGCCUCAUUUGCAGGUUUCUGUAUCAGAUUCUGUGGCUUUGACAAUUACUCCUAGUUUGAAUCUAUUGGCGCCUCAGUAGCCCUCUUUUUCGGUUAUUGUGAAGACCAUUGUAUUCGACUGAAGAGUUAGUGCCACUCGGCCAUUUCAAGCAUCAUGACUUCCUUAAAGAAGUGAAUUCCUUCUCGUUAUUAUACAACCUCCCUCUAGGACUGUUCUCGAGAAAAAAAAUUCCGCUUUUAACAUCACGCAAACUCAGCAGUACACAAUGUCACAGCACAGCCAGACCUACGACCAUGCAUCAAAAAUUGAAAAUGCGAAUGGAGCAAACAUAGCACAACUUGAAAGACUUCAAACAGCAGGAGGUCAUACGGAUGAUAGGUCUCAGCCUGCCCUACCAGUUGUUCAUCGAAGGCUAGCCAAUCCAGCUCCCCUUGGGCUGCUGUCUUUCGCCACAGGAAUCUUCCUAAUCUCCAUUUAUGGCGUACAAGUUCGAGGUGUUGCUACACCGAAUCUGCUCAUCGGUGUUCUGAUGUUCUUCGGUGGUGUGUGCCAGUUUAUAUCUGGGAUAAUGGAAUUCGUCAGCGGCAACACGUUCGGCGCCACGGUGUUUCCUUCGUACGGAGCUUUCAAUCUAUCUUACGCUAUGAUAUAUAUCCCGGGUACUGGAAUACUGGCAGCUUACACGGAUCCCACAACUGGAGAGUUGAAUUCUCAAUUCCCAAAUGCUCUUGCCAUGUACCUUUGGGCCUGGUUUAUCCUAACGGUUAUUUUCACCGUGGCGGCAAUCAGAUCAUCCUGGGUUUUGUUCUUGGAUCUCUUUGUCUUGGAUCUAGUCCUAUUGCUUCUGGCUUGCGGAUAUAUGCUCAACAAUUCCACUUUGGAAAAAGCCGGGAGCGCUCUUGGGUUCGUGGUUGCAGUUCUUAGCUAUUGGGCUGGGACGGCUGGUCUCUGGGCUGGAGGUAUUACUCCUAUCAACAUUCCAGUAUUUCCUAUGUAUACGGAGCCUUCUUAGUAGAGCGUGAUACGGGAUCUGGAUGAGGCGGAUGGAGAAGUCAGAAGGUCUCGUUGAAAGAAUUGUGCCCCUGGAGUGUAUUGUUGGUUGGGUGUUCGAACUUCAAGAUGAUGGGAAUAGGUGAACAUAAAACUUGUAGU